GCACGAUCUGGUUUUUAAGAGGGAUAGCACAUUACCAUGCACACUACUCCCUGCAGGCUCAGCAGAGAAUAGCGACAACAGCAGCUCACUCGCUCUCCCUCUCCACCUCUAUCAGACAAGACUCCUCCUCUCCAUCUCUCUGUGACUCCCUCUCUCUCUUGCAUAUGAUCUGUACUUCACUUCCUCCCAGCUGAAGCAGGAGAUAACAGCACGCUACACACAGUGAGCACAAAAGAAGAACCAGAGAAGAAACGGAAGAGACGACUGUGCUUUCUGUAGAUCUGAAGAACGCUGCUCCCUGUGACUUCAGUAAGAGAGAGAGUCUGAGGCCAGCUUCAGCAGCAAGCUACCUUGAGUUAAAGCUUCUGCCUGGCUGCCACAUCCAGCGAUGAGUCGAAGGGAGGCUCUGGUGGGGAACCCUGCGCCUAGUGCGGUGCCUGAGGUAUCGGGCAACAGCACAGAGGCAGCAGGACCCGGUCCCCGCGAGACCAAAGAUGAGAUGUUCUCCAAAGUCAAAGACAAGUUCAUGAACGAACUGCACAAAAUCCCACUGCCGUCAUGGGCCAUCGUCGCCAUUGCGUUUGUUGCUGUUGUACUAGUUGUUUCCUGCUGCUUCUGCAUCUGCAAAAAGUGGAUAUUCAAGAAGAAGAACAAGAAAAAGGGCAAAGACAAGGGAAAGAAUGCCAUCAACAUGAAAGACGUCAAAGACGGUAUCAAAACCGAGGCCUUGAAGGAUGAGGAUGAUGCAGAAACAGGGCUGACGGAUACAGAGAAAGAGGUGGAGCCUAAGGAAGAAGAGAAACUUGGCAAAUUACAGUACUCCUUGGAUUACAAUUUCACAGAGAAUACGCUCAUAGUGGGAAUCAUCCAAGCAGCAGAGCUGCCUGCUAUGGAUAUGGGUGGCACUUCUGACCCCUAUGUGAAGGUCUAUCUUCUUCCAGACAAGAAGAAGAAAUUUGAGACCAAGGUGCACCGGAAGACACUGAAUCCCGUUUUCAAUGAGCAAUUCACCUUUAAGGUUCCCUACACUGAGCUUGGAGGGAAAACUCUGGUGAUGACGGUGUAUGACUUUGACCGCUUCUCCAAACAUGACGCUAUUGGAGACGUGAAGGUGCCCAUGAAUAAAGUCGACUUUAGUCAUGUGACCGAGGAGUGGAGGGACCUCCAGAGCGCUGAGAAAGAAGAGCAAGAGAAGCUGGGUGACAUCUGUUUCUCUCUGCGGUAUGUGCCCACUGCUGGCAAACUGACCGUAGUCGUUCUGGAGGCCAAGAACCUGAAGAAGAUGGAUGUCGGUGGCUUGUCAGACCCCUAUGUCAAGAUUCACCUGAUGCAGAACGGCAAGCGGCUGAAGAAGAAGAAGACGACAAUCAAAAAGAACACCCUCAACCCUUACUACAACGAGUCUUUCAGUUUCGAAGUGCCGUUCGAACAAAUCCAGAAAGUUCAAGUUGUUAUAACUGUUCUGGACUAUGACAAGAUUGGCAAGAACGAUGCCAUCGGCAAAGUGUUUGUGGGCUUGAACAGCACAGGCACCGAGCUCCGUCACUGGUCAGAUAUGCUGGCCAACCCGAGGAGACCCAUCGCUCAGUGGCACGUGCUCAAGCCGGAGGAGGAAGUGGAUGCCCUGCUGGCAGCUCAGAAAAAAUAGAGCGGCCCGAGCCCAACCCCCGUCCCCGUCCCCUUUCCACAAACCCGCCCAUGUAGUGCUCUUUACCCAGUGCGUGUAAAUACCUCAGUGAUUUAAGGAUUCAUGCACCCUUCUAAUUUCGUGUCUUCUCGGACCACCCCCUUGUGUUGUUACGUCGGGUUCGACCCCUCGCCCCCUUCCUUCCGUCGAUAAACUUUCUCUGUCCUUUGUCGUUUCACCUCCAUCUACGACCUUAAAAGUCCCCGACCAAAUGCCCCCUUCUUUUAAGCAAUAUGAUCUGUAUAGAUAGCGCAUGACUGGAGGAAUUUAUUGUACCACAGGUGUAUAUAUCAGUAUGCAGACGAAAAUGAUUUCUAGUUUAUGUGUUUGUAUGUUGUUACCCGUUUCCUAAUCUGUGUAUAUCUUGAUGUUUUUAAUAAGAUGUUCUAUUUUAAAUUAUGUAAAUGCUGACAUAGAAGAGCCAAUAUUAUAUAUAUAAUGGGAUUUAAGAAUUUUACCUUAUUGCAUUCCACUAAAAUAUACGAUAUAUCUCUAUAUAAAUAUUUAAAGAAUUCCAACCUGCGAGACGCUAGUGGAGGUACACUCACUUCGUAAAGGACGGUUUGCGCUUCAUGUUUACUUAAGAAAAAAAAAAAAAUAGCAUACAGAUGUAUCGUACACGAUAAACACACACACUGAACACGAAGGCCAUUAACUAAUAUGGUUUCAUGGUAUAAAUAUAAUAUGCUGCUGACAAUUAUACAAGCACAUGAUUUCGUAAGAACUUUUUGUACUAAUUUAUCAAACUGAGGACCUGUAUGCUUCGCUUAAACCACUUUAAUCGAAGGAAUUCUUCUUACUUGACGAAAAACCAAUCAGCCUUUUUUUUUAUUUUAUUUCUCAUACGGUGAUGCUGUUAACUUUUAGUAAAACGGGUCCCCGGGUUUGCUUCUUUCUUGUUUUCCGUCCUUCGAUUCCCGAAACGUCCCGAAUCCGAUCUGGCGCCUUUGUGAUAACCGUAAAUGGACGAGCUGUAGCCAUCGUGUCCUUGAAGCUUGAAUUUGUGAAUCGCUUCCUUUUCUCGUCGUUGGACUCAUUGGGUUGAGGAAUUUACGGUUCAGCCUCCAAAAACGGAAAAAAAAAAAAAAAUGAAACCAGGAGUUUUGACUCUAGCUUUAAGACAACUAUUUUUUAGAUUAAGUCAACGUCUGAAUAUUUUUGGUAACUUGCAUGAUUUUUUUUACGAUCUUUGCUAAAGGCCGGGUAACGGGGGGAUUUAUUUACACCGGGGAGUCUUUCAAGAGACUCCCUUGCCUUCAAUCAAAAGUAAUCAAACGUUGCGGGACGGAAACUUUUAAAGCGCUCUGUCCCGGCGAGUCGAUGAGGAGGAGGAGGAAGAAGAGGAGAGGCGAGCUUUUAAACACUGCCAUUGUUUUCAGGGAGGUACGAGGAGCACACGACUCCUCCCUCCACGCACACGCCACUCAUAUAGUGGUUGUAGCUUCGGUUCAUCGGGGAACAAUGUAUUUUGGCCGCAACGGUGCCCUAAACAGCAGUUUUUGCUUUCUGUUGCCUUUUCACAGUGACAAUAGAGUUAGCCAUGCUUUACUGCCAACCCCUUCCCCCGUGGCUACUGUUUUGCACUGUACAGUCUAGGAACGAACAGUUGCUCGUCGAGAAAAGUCAGUUCGUUCAAUAGCGCAAGAAAGCGGACCGGCCCCCGACCGGUUUGGACGCCACGAGCAUUAGCGAAUCUUUAACAAUAACCGUAAAAGUUAAUGGUCUGUACAGGUGAUAACAUUCUAAUGUCCUUUACUACGGGUCUAACAAGAGGGCGAGUAGACGUUUAGUCCAUUAAAACCAUGAGUUAUCUUGGAGGAACCUCUCGCGUACACUAGAUGCUAGCUUCAGGAGGAGUUUCUAAGUGUUUUCAAUGUUACUGUGUAGGUGAUAGCACUGUUACUUAAAAAUAAAAGGAAGAAAAAAAAGCUAUUCGUCAUUCCAUAGGAGUCUUUAGGGACUGAGUUGUGUAUCACUGUGACUGCGGUGUGUGCUUAGCGUUGUAGUUUUCAGUAGGUAGCGGCCAUCUUGUACUAUAGUGACGUCGUGCUGCCAUCCCCCCCCUAUCACACCACACGAGAGUACGAAGAGAGAGCGGCGGUUUACGAUAACCGUCACUCUCGCGGGUCAGUUCACACAGCAUUUUGUUGAGCACUGUGCAAUACUUGUAUGUUCAUCCCCUAGUGUUUAAACGGGCGGCAUCUCUCGAUAGGGGCAAAAAAAAGAGAAAGGGAGAGAGGGGGAAAAAAAACGCGACCCUACGCGGCGAGAUGAUGUAUCCAUCGACCGUAGUCUGGUUAGGUCACAGCACACGUGUGUAGUUUGGAGCUCAACAUCUGUAAACUUGUUAAGGAUUCCUCCGUUUUUUUCCCGUUGAGUUUUCCUACACACAGAUUUAACCAUCAAAACAUUCGGGUAAACGUGUGUGUGUAUAUAUGUAUACGUGUAUAUGUAUAUAUAUAUAUAUAUAUAUAUAUAUAUAUAUAUAUAUAUAUAUAUACACACACACACACACAUAGGAUGUACCCCAAAUAUGAGAUAAUCUAUCUAUACAUAUAUAUAAAUAAAUAUAUAUAUAUAUGAAAACCCUUCCCUUUCAGAAUAGGUGUAUAUAUAUUUUUAUAUUUGUCCUGAUAUAAUUUCCUCAUUAUUGAGUUUACCUGGAUAUAAGAGAACUGUAUCUUGUUAUGGAAACUAUCUGUUGUACUAUUAAUAUGAUUGGCUGUACCAUUUCGUUAUCGCUGUUAUGAUGACACUCAUGACUAAUACCUGGUUAUCGUUCCUUUAGUGCCCUAUUGAAGACCAUUUUAUAUUUAUUAUGGAACUCAGAAUGUACAGUAUGGACUGUGUGUUUUGUUUCUACUUUUUAUCGUGGGACCAAGUACAGUUGGCACUUUCAUUUCAAUGUCGCAAUAAAUAUUGAUUCAUGCGUUUCAUUCAUAGCCGAAUAUGAUUUCUUACCCUGUCGGAGAAGAGCGAACCUAGAGAAGAACUCCAAAACGUAUAAUCGCAACUAUAAGUACAAUUAUUACUCCACUACUCCUACAUUACCUGAAUUACUUAAGUACUCUGGUUUAUAUAGGUAUUUAUGAUAUCCUAAUACAAUAGGCUUGUUUCUAAAACAAGGAUAAAAAUGCAGUUUUAGAGUCACAAACUGACACACUCGUUUCGUACUAUCAGGUGUCUGCACGUUAGGUGUAGAACUGGAAGUACAGUAGAAGACAGCAUUGCUCGUUGCACCUCAGAGGUUUGUAAAGUAGUCUGAAAAGCCAUUUCUAGCCCUGCAAAGCAACGCUAUCUUUUACUGAAGCCUACCAAAGCACGCAGACAGCUCCGACGACUUGGAAAAAAAGAAUCGACAACGACAAAAAGCCCGAUCGCUCAGCACAGUACGCGCAUACAAACUUCCGAUACUCUACGACGACGAAAAGCCACCUUUCGAGAAAAAGCUGUGUAAAGAAUUAGAAUCUGAUGCUGUAGGGAGAUCCUAGUUGCCUUUGUGUAUAUCAACUGCCUGCUUGAGUAUUUUUGUGUGUGGAAAUUUUCUCUGUAAUCUUGUAGAACUGUUCGGGGUGUUUUUCCUGCCAUACUGCUCGCCCCCCAGCGGACGAGCCGACAGUUAUAUUGCUGUGUAUACCUUCAUUUUGAUGAGGUGUUUUACGAUUUCGUUUCACUUCGUGUAGUGAUUCACUCUGUGGAGUUUCUGACUGUUGUUAUAUAACUUCAUAUACACAAAUGUUCAAUAAAAAUGUUUUAUUUCCUGUUGAUACAGAA